UUAGCCGGCAAGACACGCAGUCGACGUUUGUACGUUGUCCGCUUCGCUUUAGUUUUUGCUCGAAAGCUGCGGCAUUUUUUCUGGUACAAAUGCGCGUCGUAAAACCGACGAAAUGGCAGGCGUCGUUUUUGUUGUUUACGCCGCUAUAUGGAAGUUUUCCGAAGUGAGCGUCGUUUAAAAAGUGGGUGCCGAAAAACGCUUUUUCUACGUAAAUAAAGGGCACGAUAAUUAAACAUCGAACGCACGUGCGACGGAAUUAUAAAAAAAACGAUAAUUAAGAUCGUACUCGUCUCGUAGGAUAAUAUAUUUUUAUCCAAGGACUUUGAUGCCAGUCCGUGAAGGUUAGGUUGUUACUUUAACCAAAGAAUGAGGUAUUUGUAUUGUGAUAUUGUGAAUAGUCUGUGAUAACAAAUACAUACAAAAGUAAAAAAAAAUAUAAAGAUGUUGAAGAAAGAAAAACCGAUGAUGUCCGUAACCGCUAUCAUUCAAGGGGCCCAAGCUCAACAAUGGGGACGAAAUUUUGCAAAUUUGGGAACUCCGCAUUUCCCUUUAGGGUUAAAUUUGGAUCAAAAUCUUUCAAUGGGAUCUGUCGGUCCCCAGUCACCUUUAGACAUGAAACCUGAUACCGCGUCGCUGCUGACGUCCGCACAAUUUAGUCCACAAGGUCCAAAUAGUCCGGGAUCGUUUUCCCUGGGACACACAAGCCUAUUAAGUCCCUCGCCGGGAAAUCAGGCACAUAUCAAAAAUUCCGGAUCUCCUUACCCGCCGAAUCAUCCGUUAAGCGGAUCUAAACAUUUAUGCUCAAUUUGCGGCGACAAAGCUAGUGGAAAACAUUAUGGAGUGUACAGUUGUGAAGGUUGUAAAGGAUUUUUUAAAAGGACAGUACGAAAAGACUUAUCAUACGCUUGUAGAGAAGAGAAAAGUUGUAUAAUUGAUAAGCGGCAGAGGAAUAGAUGUCAAUAUUGUCGGUAUCAAAAAUGUUUGGCGAUGGGUAUGAAACGUGAAGCUGUACAAGAAGAGCGACAAAGAACCAAAGAACGGGACAAUUCUGAGGUGGAAUCUACAUCCAAUAUACACACAGAUAUGUCAAUCGAUCGCAUCUUAGAGGCGGAGAAGAAGGCGGACUGUAAAAGUGACCAACCUGUCGAGUUUGAGAAUGCCGUAACAAAUCUAUGCCAAGCCACAAACAAACAGUUAUUUCAAUUGGUGGAAUGGGCUAAAAAUAUUCCCCAUUUUACCUCGUUACCUUUACAAGACCAGGUAUCCCUGCUGCGAGCCGGCUGGAACGAAUUACUAAUUGCUGGAUUUUCACAUCGCUCCAUAGAUGCAAAGGACGCUAUCGUCUUAGCUACAGGGCUCACCAUACAAAGAUUUCUUUUUAGAAAUUCGGCACAUCAAGUUGGCGUUGGCGGCAUCUUUGAUCGAGUCCUUACCGAACUAGUAACGAAAAUGAAAGAAAUGAAAAUGGAUCGUGCCGAGUUAGGAUGUCUACGGUGUAUAAUUUUAUUUAAUCCUGAUGUCCGUGGUAUACGGGCCACUCAGGAGGUCGAAGUGUUACGAGAGAAGGUGUACGGACUUUUAGAAGACUAUUGCAGAAUUACGCAUCCGGACGAGCCGGGAAGAUUCGCAAAGCUGCUAUUACGUUUACCCGCCCUACGUUCGAUAGGAUUAAAAUGUUUGGAACAUUUGUUCUUCUUUCGUAUGAUAGGUGACGUUACCAUAGACACAUUUCUAACGGAGGUUUUGGACACUGCUCACGAUGCUUGAGUAGAUUUAAUAUUUUGCGCGUUAUUUAUUCGAUUUUCAAUUUAUUUCAAGUUUCGUGAACUCCAAAAGAGUGGACAUUCAUUAUUUCUGUCAGUUGUGUUUGAUAUCUUUAUCAAAUUGAGACGCAUACAGAGUGACUGCCAUUUCACGUUGACGCCAUUGGGAUCUCGGAAAUGGUAAGAGAUAGAUUAGGGCACAAGCAUCAUUUUGUCAAAAGAUAUCGGGAUGCAAUCGGAAAUGUUACUACGUACGUACUUGUAAACUUAACAGUUGACCUUUUAAAUUUUUGCAAGUUGGUAGUGUUGUGACAUUUUUUUACUAUUAUUGUUUCUCACACUAAAACUAUUUUGAGCACUCAUUUUAUUUAUUAACUAGCCUAAUAGUCGUGCAUUGCUGUGAUCUCAGAAGAAAGGAAAGGUUGUUACGAUAAAAUUCAAUUUCAUCAGGAAAACAUUUCAAAGACAUGUUGUAGAUGUAAUUUCCAUAUUACCGGAUAAAAAAUAAUGCUAUCUCUUACCAAUUCCAAGAUCCCAAGGGAAGUGGUCGUCAUUCUUACCAGUAAAAGUUGACGUACAUGUUAUUUCAAUUCCAAUAUUCCAGGUUUGUAUAAAAUCAAUCCACAAUAAUGAAAGAGUAUUUGCUACAAAUUUACAUAAAUCGUUCAUAUGUUCUCCAUCAAUGUAUUUGUAUUGGUAAUAAUAAUCACAAAUAAAUAAACCGUGAGGUGAUUAGGAUAUAAAAAUUUACAGAUAAUUAAUAAGUGGAUUGGUUUUUAAUUAACUAGCUUGGGUACUACGGCAGCUUUUAUGUAUAAGUACCUAAAUAACAUUCCAAACUUACAGCAAAAA